AUGGGCGGUAGUAUUGAAACAUAUUUCAGUGAAGACAAUCCAAUGUAUCUAUUUGAAACUAUCCAUAAAAGGAGUAAUAAGAUGUUGUCCGACUUUCUAGAGCGGUUAGCAGUCGUAGUUCGCAAAAUUCGAUCAAUUCAUACUGUCUACUUCCACAAAUUAUCGCGAUUUGAUGGUGAAUUUGUCGAUGUUUAUUACAGUGAAGAGUUAAAAUAUGCUAGAAGCGUAGGCUACAAGGUAAUCCCUCUUUCGAGCUACAUGUUUCAAAAUAUGAAUCCCGGUAGCCCUUUCGGGGAGUUUGUUGGCUCCCUCUUUGAGAGCCGGUUAAAAGCAAGGAAAGAAGGUAAUGAUUCCAUGGCCUAUGUGUACAAGAUCCUUAUGAAUUCACUAUACGGUAGAUUUGGUAUUAACCCUGAAUCCACGCAGACAGAGGUCUACAAUUAUGAUAAAUAUAAUAAAUUAGUUAUGACAACAGGAUUCCACUAUGCUGAGAAGCUUAGUGAUGAAUACUACAUCGUUGUCUAUAAGAAUAAUACAGAAUGGGUUCCAGACAUGCAGUGGAGGCCGCCAAGGAUAACAACAGUUCAUAUAUGGGCGGCUAUCACAACAUGCACUCGUAUCCAUAUGUAUCAUUACAUUUCAAGAGAAGAUUGUUACUACACGGAUACAGACUCAGUUGUCCAUGGGAGUCCUCUUCCUGACGAUGAUGUCUCACCCACUGAAUUAGGGAAGUUUAAGCUGGAGCACAAAUUAAAUAAAGCUAUCUUUUUAGCACCAAAGGGUUAUUCUCUUUGGAUUGAUAAAAACCAGAACUUAACUAAACAUAAGGGGUUAGCUAAACCAUUGGUCAGUGAUAAGUGGUAUGAAACACAAUACGCUGAUUUAAAACUGAGUAUAGUGGCCCCUGUUGAUUCUAAUUUUCAAAUAAAUUGGGCAACACUGGACAUCAUGAAAAAGACCAAAUUAGUGAAGUUAAGUACCCCAACUAAUACCAAGAGGGAACCAGUGUAUGAUAAUAAUCAAGAUUGGGUUGAUACAAACCCGGUGAAUGUGAAAGACUACGCAAGAUAA